AUGAAACUUAUAGUUUGCAAUGAACUUCAAAGUAUAGAUACAACAAAAGUUUUGAACUCAGAUGCUUUGAAGAGUCUUAUAACAGACAAAGUUGGAGUUGUUGAAAGAAAAUAUAAAGACCAAAGAGUUUGUGAAAAUGUUGCAAACUUCAUUAUGGUUUCAAACAAUGUUGUUCCGAUGAAGUUAGAAAGUUCUGACAGAAGAUAUGUAGUUGUCAGAACGUCAGAUUCUCAUAUGCAAGAUACAGAAUAUUUUGACGACUUAGCAGAAACUUUGACAUCUGACUUUUACAACCACUUGUUCUCAUAUUUCAUGACAUUAGAUAUUUCUAAGUUCAAUCCAAGACAAAUUCCACAUACCGAAGAGAGACAAACAUUGUUAGAAGCAAACAAGAGUGUAUAUGAACUGUUCAUAGAUGAAACUGACUUUGUGUCAUUAGAUGAAAGGUCAUUGUACGAUUCGUAUAAACAAUAUUGUCAAGAAUAUGGUUAUAUGGCAGCUUCUAAACGAACAUUCUUGGCAAAUGUCAAAAGUCUUUUAGAUGUUCAGAAUGGUGUAUAUACAAAGAAAAUUUUUUCUGAGUAA